AGAGUUGCGUCCGAAAUCGAAUACUUCCCUACUAUAUAGUAUGCGAAAAACAGUACGCGAGCAGAGUAGUAUGUCCGAAAUCAUAGAAUUCGAAAAACAGUAGGCGAAAAGUACCCGGAUGACCUACUUCUUCCGGCGAGAUUCCGAAGUGCGCAUACGAUGGACACUUUACUAUCCCAUGAUGCCACGGGGAAGGAGUUUUCGUCGUUAUAUUUGAAAAUGGCGGAAAUGGCGGAAAGCGGAGACGCGGCUCUAUUCAAGUGGACUGAUGAACACACCCGUGUUCUUAUACAGUGGAGAGUGGCUAAUGAAGCCCUCUUCACUGGAAAAAGAAAUGCAGCAAUUAAAGGUUUUGAAGUUUUUAUCACAGAGCAAAGGCUGGAGGGCAAAAUGUCUGCUCUUCAGAUCAAAAAAAAAUGGGAGAACCUGAAACAAAAAUAUAAAGAUCUGAAAUGUCCACAGACUGGGGUGAGCACUGAGGAUGGGGGGGUUACAGCAGCAUCCUGGAAAUGGUAUUCUGCCAUGGAUGAGGCAAUAGGGGGCAGACCCUCCAUCACACCACCCACCCUUAUUGCCUCAUCUGGCCCGGAUGUUGCUGUUACCUCUCCAUCCUCAGUGAGGUUAGAACGUGAAAGAGUAGGGAGGAAAAGGAAAGAUUUUGAGGAGUUGAUUCGAGAGAUGGAGGAGAGGGAAGCUGAAAGAGAAAGAGAUGCCAUUGAAAGGGAGGAGAGGCGAUGGAGAGAGAUGGAGGAAAAGGAGGAAAGAAAAGAAAGAGAACGAAGAGAGCAUGAGAAGAGACUAGAACAGGAGGCCAGAGAAAGAGAAGAAAGAAGAGACCGAGAAGUGAGAGAGAGAGAAAGGGAGACAAAAGAGAGAGAGGAAAGAUUUCUUCAGCUCUUAGAAAUAAUUGCAAAAAAAUAAAGGAAUCAAAUGGUACACACUCUCUUUAAUUUAUUUGUUAGUAAGUUCACUGUGUCAUGCUGGUUUUGCAAGUUUAUUACAAAACACUUAAUUCCCAGGGAUUUGCAGUAGCUAGAUUGCCAGUUGUAAAGUGCUUAAUAUGUGGCAUUGAGUAAUUAAUAUUUUUUAAGUGAUUUGUAUGUGUAUUUUGUAGCAGAUUCCAGAUGGUUUUUGAAACAAGUGCCGCACUGUAGAUAAAUGCCCACACACUCCAGACACCGGUAAAAUGUAUUUGUUUUAUUUUUGUGUAUUUAACUUUUAAAUGGAUACACAAUACAAAGCUUAAAACAAAAUCACAUAAUUUUGGCAAAGUAGUAUAAUAGAGC